AUGCAUGACUUUGGACAGGUCACUGAGGUCUACGGGAGAGGAGAGGCCUCGAGAGGUGAGCUCGUCUCGUGCGUCUCAGAGCAGGUCGGAGUCAAGCAUCUCACCACGGCUUCCACUCCUCCUUCCCGCCUCCUCUCCCUCCCUCCCCCUCCCCUCCUCUCCCCCUCCCCCUCUCCUCUCUCCCUCCCUCCCCCCUCCCCCCUUUCCCCUUUCCCCCCCGAUAUCUGUAGGUGCAUAGAGGAAGAGCCUCAGAAGCUGCUCCAAAAGGCGUACCGCAAGUUUCGUGAUCGAAUGGCGGCGCGGAGUCUGCGCAAGCAGCAGCGGGUAUGUGUAUAUGAGCCAGCAGCAGCAGUGGGUGGGGAGCCAGAGCGGCCAGUGGCCUUGCCUCAAGAAACGAGGCUAGCAGCAAGUGUAACUGCCUUGCGACUGUUCGCUGCUGCUAGAGCGUUGGGCCGGGCAUGGCGUGCUGUGGGGCUGACGACGUGUCCCUUUGCUUGCUGCUGCAGGGCGCCACUCAAGGAGGGUCGCGCAGUGGACGGUCGUGCUCUGGAGAGUGGUGCUGCGGGGGGUGGUGCUUUGACUGGGGACAGCAGCAACGAUGGUGGGGAUGUUCGGCGUGGCUUGCAGCAAAUGGGUGCUGGUCCCACCACUGGGAAGCAUGACGAGAACACCCCUCCGCAGUCCGAAUGGGACAGAUCCCAGGCAUUCAAGCGGGCGAGGAGGGACUCCGACUCGGGGUCGAUCAGCAUUGACAUCUUCGAGGAUGAGGAGCUGAGGAGCCCUUCGGCUACGAAUAGGAUGCGCAGGGGGCUGGGGGGAGGCGCGGCAAGGAGGAGGGUGCUGCAGCCGCGGGUGGAGGUGGAGAGGGACCAAGACGGGCAUGCAGAGGUGGCACGGGAAAGAGUGCGGGGCGAGGUGGGGGCUCGUCAGGGCUCGUCUGAAGCAGAAUCUGCUUCAAACACAGGGCCAUGCCAGGAGCAGGAGACGAGCUUCGAGGAGCAGCGCUAUCUAUACUGGCUGCGCCACAGGAACCUGCCUCCACCGCUCUACAUGCACGCCACACCACUCUCAACCUCUCGGUCAACCUUGGAAACCCAUCCAAAUCCCACAGCCAACCCAGGGCCUUCAAUGGCAGAUGGCUCGCCAGACUUCUCAUCAGCUGCAGCAGAUAGAGCAGAGUCAGGGAGUGGCAGGCAGGGAAGGGAGGGUACAGGGGAAGCAAGAAUGGCCGAGGAUGUAGGGGAAGAGAGAGCAGAGGAGGAUGCAGGGACAGGGGGUUGUGAGCAGCGGAGUGCGGCUGGUGAAGGGGAAGCUAGGGGUGGGGAGGCGGAGGGGGGCGAGAGGGGCGCGGGCAAGCGUGGGCGGAGGAAGAGGGGGAGUAAGGGGGAGGAGGAAGUGGAGGGGAGUGGGCUCACCGGGGGGUUGAGUGAGCUAGGCAUGGAGGAGGAGAGGGUGCAGGGGUUCAGGCAGAUGCUGCUACAGCAGAGGGGACACGCUGGGGCUGCUGGACCUGCUGGUGGUGGUGCUGGUGGUGGUGGUGCUGAUGCUGGUGGUGGGAGAAUCGAGGGGGAUUUCCUCUCAUUUGAUCACACGGUGCAUGCGCAGAAUGAUCCCACAGUAGUCUGCAGGCGCUUUCCCCAGCAUUCCAGGGUGCCCACCUUUCCAGCGGGCCCGCCCCAGCAGGUCAACCCCUGGAGCACGUCUAUGCGGGCCUCCCUCCUUGCUGCCCUUCAGCCCCCUCUCACUAGCGAACCUGGAUACCACUGGCACUCAGACCCGCUGCACGUGCCGGCCAGGCUCAAGGCGCUGAGGGAAGGCAAAGCAGGGGAGCCCGUGGACCUGCGCCUUGGCAGCAGGAGCUACGAGGUGGAUCGGCUGCUGGGGAAGGGUGCGUAUGCAAAGGUUUAUGGAGCCACAGAGACCCCUGCUGGGGUGGCAGACGCGGCCACAGAGAGCACUGUGGUGUUCCGCACUGUGGCCCUCAAGCUCCACUCCAAGGCAUGCCCUUGGGAGUUCUACAUAUACCGUCAGAUCCAAUUGCGAAUCGACGGCCCACAGCGGCAACUGUUUGGCGCGGCGUCUGCUUACCACGAGUUCCCCAAUGCGUCCAUCCUCACAUGCUCCCUUGGCACUAGCGGCACCCUGCAGAAGCCGGGAAAGCCAGUGCCAGAGGAGCUAUGCACGUGCCUACUGCAUGCCAUCCUCACCACCCACCCACCCCCUUCCCCACUCUCACCUCUCGACCUCACCACCCACCCCCACUCUCUCACCUCUCUUCCCCCUCAGGACGUGGUGAAUGCGUUCAAGAGGCAAGGCAAGCCGGUGCCGGAGCCGCUAAGCAAGGCAAGCUGGUGCCGGAGCCGCUGUGCGCCUGCCUUAAACUUGCACCUCGUCACGUCACCACCCAACCCCACCCACUCACCGCCCAUCCCCACCAACCGCCUCCCCUUUCAGGACGUGGUGAAUGCGUUCAAGAAGCAAGGCAAGCCGGUGCCGGAGCCGCUGUGCGCCUGCCUUAAACUUGCACCUCGUCACCACCCAACCCCACCCACUCACCGCCCAUCCCCACCAACCGCCUCCCCUUCAGGACGUGGUGAAUGCGUUCAGGAAGCAAGGCAAGCCGGUGCCGGAGCCGCUGACGUGGUGAAUGCGUUCAAGAAGCAAGGCAAGCCGGUGCCGGAGCCGCUGUGCGCCUUCUACACGGCGCAGAUGCUGCGAGCUGCGGAGGCCUUGCACGCUGCUCACAUCCUGCAUGGGGAUAUCAAGCCCGAUAACUUCCUCCUGCGGUUCGGGGCUGACAGUGAGAGUCCCAGGGAGAUGGUUGCUGCAAUCGAGGCCGGUGCACCUUCCACGGGUCUCACCCUUGUGGACUACGGCCGCAGCAUUGACAUGCGGCACUUCCCAGAAGGUUCCUCUUUCGUCUCUGACAGCGGCACGGAGAACUUCCGAUGCCCCGAGAUGGAGGAGGGGCGCCCGUGGACCACGCAGGCCGAUCUCUACGCGGUGUGUGCUACUGCCUACUGCCUGCUGCACGGGCAGUACAUGGAGGUCGAGAGGGUGCCUGCAGGGGAGGGCGGUGCCAGUGGAGCAGCGGAUGUGGACGGUUGUGAUGAUGUCGUGGCUGCUAGCUCUGAGGCUGAAAAUCUCGCACCCCGCACGCUCAACACGAGGAGUCCACGAGCUGAGCGCCAGCUGGUGGCUGCCACGGCGGGGCUGGUGCGAGACGCGGAAUUGCCCCUACUAUUCCGGGAGAUCUGCUUGAAGCAGCGCUCACUACGCGUGCAGCGGCUGAAACCUCUACCAUCGCCGCUGCAGGAGUCCGACUCUCGUCGAUCCAAGGUCGAGCACUCUACCAUCAUACGGCUAUCAGCCGCCGUCGUGCAUCCUGGGAAUCCGCCCCUUCCGCCCCGUCCGCCCCCUACGCCCCGUCCGCCCCGUCCGCCCCUUCCGCCGCUUACCAUCAGCCUUCCAUUCGAGCCAAUCAUCUCUUCAAUGGAUUCAGCUCAUUCGUCCACGCCUUCCGCCCUUUCCGCCACGAUUGACGGGACCAGCGACGCGGCGUUAGAGGAGGCCAUCUCGUCGGCGCAGACCGCCAUCGCGGGGCUCGUGCAGGCCGUCCACGUGGCAAAGCGCAAGCAGCUCCAGCUCCGCCGCCGAUCGCGGGGAACUCGAGACAACUCGACGCUCGGCGAUAAUCCCCCCGUAUCCGCCGUGACUCGCGCCAUGAACAACGGAGGAGUCAUCUGUCCAAUUCACGCUGCCUAUCCCUCCGCUCCCGGCGGGCCGCCGGGAGUAUCAUUCCACGCCAGAGAAUCCGAGUUUAUUGGCGGGUCAUAUGCGGUUCCAGGCGCUUCUGGCCGCUACUUUCCACCAGCGCAUUAUUCAUCAGGUGAUAUUCGCGCCGCGAGCUGCGGCGGCGGUGGCGGCGGCGCGAUGGGUGCUGCUGCUGCUCUAUCAGGAGGCGGCAGCAUGUGGAGCCCCGUGAUUCCCGUUCCGCCGGCAUUCGCGGCGGGGUUCCACAUGCUGCCGCCCCCAGGGGUUCCUUUCGCGUUGCCUCCGCCGCCGGCGGCCGCGCUGGCUGCUUUCCGCGGAUUCGGCGGAGCUGCUGCGCUUGCUCCGAGCGAAACUCCUGCCAGCCCCGCGCUUCUGGGGGAGAAACGGCGCCGCGGACGACCGCGCGGGUCAGGCACAGGAAAUAAGCGGAGCAAAACGAUGGCGGCGGUGGCGGUUGUAGGGGGAGAGAAGCCGCAGGUCGCGACUGCGACUGCCACUGGCAGUGGCAGUGGUCGGGCGCUGAGUGUUGGGCGCAAGUCACGCGGCGGCGAUCACCGAGCAAGCAAGCACUGCCAACGCUCCGAGUCUGCUGCGGACAGCGGCAGUGUCGGAAGUGGUAGCGCAGGAGGGGGAAGCGCUGCUGUGGAGAGCGCUGAUUCCGAGAUCUCUGCGCCAACCAUCACAGCGGCAGAUGCGGCUGGUGCGGCAGCAGCGGCGGCGGCGGCGUUGGGCGGCACGCCGGGCAGCGGGAUGUAUAAGGGUGUGCGGCAGCGGCGGUGGGGCAAGUGGGUGACGGAGAUCCGAGAGCCGAGCCGGCGGUCGCGCAUCUGGCUGGGGUCGUUUGACUCGUGGGAGGACGCCGCGCGCGUGUAUGACAUGGCCGCCUGGCUGCUGCGCGGAUCCAAGGCACAACUCAACUUCCCCCCGCCGCCUCCUCCAAAGGGCAAGUCCUGCUGUCCUGCCGCUACAGGUGCUGCAGGCGAUGCAGCUGCUGCAGGAGGCGCUACAGACAGUGCAGGCGACGCAGCCUCUGCAGGCGCUACAGCCAGCACAGCUGAAGGCUCUUCUGAGAAGACCGACCCUGCCCUGCUCCCCGUGCUGAUGCCGGCCACUACAGCCGACGCGCUGCUGACGGCGGCCCGUGGGUGUGCCACGUGGCAGGGCGCGGAGGACGCCGUUGCUGAGCUGGCAGCGGCGCUUAAGGCUGUGGAGGGCAAGGGGGGCAUGGUGGAGGUGACCGGUGGGCCGGCUGCUAGGAGGUUCGCGGCUGGAGAGUGGGUCGGGGAGCUGGUUGGCGACGGUGCGGAGGAGUCUGGAGCGGUGGAGUGCGGUGCUGAGGGGGUGCAGGAGAGCGACUUGGAAGCGGCGUUGAAGCCGCUUCUUGCUGCAGUGGAUGGGGGGAAGAGCAGUGAUUCGGGCAGUGAGAAGAGCACCGGGCCUUGCAAUAGCUUCUCUGGUAGCGACGAUGGCAACAACAGCAAUGACAUCAGCGACAGCAAUGGCGAUGGCACCGACGGUCACGAUGGUAUUGACAGGCUUCACAGCCUGGAUAGCCUGGAGUCGUUUCUGGAGGGCAGCAUCGGGAACCCUGGCACUGACACUGACGCGCACGGCUCCACGGCUCGUUCCGCAUUCUCCUUCUGGCUAGACGGCGACUGCGACCUGGACUGCAACAUGCCGUCGCUGCUGCACGAGACUCCCCUGGACGAGCCGGGGAUGAUGCAGACGGGGAUGAUGGGGAUGGGGAUGGAAUAUGAAGGCAAGAUGGCUAUGGAACAUGGGCGCAUGCUCGUGUUGGAUGAUCAUGCUGGUUUUUGCGAUGGCUUGGACAUGCUAGGCUCUGUGCCGGCUGUAGUGGGGACAGCCCAUGAGGGCCCCGGGGCUGGGGUGUUUCAGCAGCUGUCGGAGUUCACCCUGUGGGAUCUCUGA